AGCAUCGGCGAAGUCGAACCCGAAACCUUGUUCAACCCUUCAGCGUUCCCAGUUAGUUACUAGUCAAGAAACUUACAUCUUUUAUGAAUUUGAGAUACCUCAGGUUUUAGUUGGCCGAUUGAUUGGGAGGAAAGGCGCAUUUGUCAACAAAAUUAAAGCGGCCACAGACGCUUCUAUAAUUGUCGGUCCCCAUAGAACAGGAGAUUCAAGAUGUGUUCUGUAGAAGGUACAAAGUCACAAGUAGAGGCAGCUUUAGAUAUGAUCCGCGAGUAUUUCCCCAUCAACCGUUACCCAGAAUUGACGUUAGCGCAGGUGCACAGUCGUUCGCCUGCUCUACCGCCCGUUCACGGUGUGAUAAACAACCAAGCAAUGCAGAUUGAACUUGCCAUGGGGGUCGUAGUGGAGGUUCGCGUCAGUGCCGUGGCCAGCGGCAACGAGAUCUGGGUUCAGCAGCCGCUCCACCCUCGUUUUCGGCCCUCCAGCGCCUUCAGGCCUGCAUGAACCUCAACUACGGUGAUGGUUCCACCACCCCACAAAUCCCUGGUCCAAUUCCGGAGAGAACUGUGUGCGUUGCUCAAAUAGACACUCAGUGGUAUCGAUGUCAGGUCCUCAGUGCAACGGAGGAGACGGUCUUAGUCGUGUUGUUAGACGUUGGUGGUGCCUUGACAGUUCCUGCCUCAUCUCUUAGACAGAUUCGGAGGGACUAUGCAACCUUACCUUUCCAGGCAACGCAGUGCUUGUUGCAUGGAAUUCAGCCCACAUCUGAAGAAGGAUGGGACGACACUUCCACAGCAUUCUUAGAAGAGCUGGUUAGCGGGGUAAUUCUGUCUGCUACAGUCGUAUCGUACAUGCCUGAUGGGGUUCCUCUAGUCAACCUUUACCGCUGUGAUCAAGAUGAGUUAAUCUUCGUCAACGAAAGACUCGUCACUUUAGGCCACGCGCGAUGGAUACCUUUAACAUCUUCCAGCUGAAGUUUCUGGGGAGAUUGAUUAUCUUCAGAUGUCUGAGCAGUCGUUGAUCAAAGACCAUCAUAUGGCCACUCGAAGUCCCGCUACAUGUCGCUUCCAUAAGGAACCAAAAACCCCAUUCUCGCUGGUUUGUUCAAGUGGCUGGCUGGUUGGCCUUCAGUAACUGUAGAUGUUCUCCAAAAGAUUCAUUAUUUAUUUAUUUUUAAUUUUUUUGUAAAUCAUUUUCAGUGGUUUCCCCUUUUCAUGAACUGAAAAUUUUUGAGUUGUAAGAAAAAAAUGUGCCUUUAUAAAAAGUACUUUGAAAGAAACUUCAGGAUUGAAGGACUCUCUUAAGGUUGUCUUGUUUACCAUACUACAGUAUGAGUUUUCCUUUGUAAAAAAGGUUGAUGGAAUCGGGGGUCGUUAGUCUGCCACUCCCGGCAUUGCUCCUGUAAAGGUGGUAUCAUAUCCCGUUGUGAAGGCAGCAUUGUCGAGACGUACAACUACUGCCAAAAAAUCCAACCCUCCUGGCCGACCCUAAAGAGUAAAAAUCUACAAACUUUAAGGCCUGUUAAAAUGACAGUGAUGUUUUUCAUUCAAAAUACUUAACAGAUGUGAAUUUUCAUUUUAAUGCGAGCACACUUGUUUCAGCUACCUGUAAAAGGAAUGUGAUGCAGUAUUUAUGCUUUACCAAACCUGCUGUUUUUUUGACUUGGUUAAUACUGUAUAGCUAGAGAUUCUCAGACCAUAUUUUUGAAAGAUGAAUUAUAAGAGUAGAUCCCAUUUUUAUUUAUAUGCAUGUUUGGAAGAUGAAAUUAAGUCGAUCGUCAUAUACUAGUGGGAAAAAAAAGCUGCAUGUUCAACAAUGUCAUUCACCGUGAAACUCAUGUUUAACAUGCAGUAGGUUAGAGUGGUUUCCGUAGGUGUCGACAAAAUAUUUGGAUAGGCUCAGGUGUGGACUUGUUGUCUUUUUAAUUCUUUAUACUGUACAUAACAGGUUUAUUUUGACAUUCUUUGAUUCUCAUAUUUAGAAGUGACUACCUUUUUGUGUAAAUAUGGCUAAGUUAAUGUAUAUAAGAUUUUUCUUUCCAGCAGUACUGCUUGAGACCCAUAGUUUGGUAAAGCUCAAACUAUACUUACACUAAUAUGCUUUCUUAAAGCUCUGUGGAGUUGAACGACGAUCAGUUUGUGUGUUUUGAUGUCAGGAAUUAGAGUUGAGUGAAUUCACUUCACUGUCAAUUUAAAAAUCUGGCAGCAGUUGAGAAUUGGAACAGCCACCUGUAUCGAGUUUAAUUUACAAUUCCGUAGCAAACACCUUCAUUCCGUAACCACUUGUUUGCGUUCUGCUGUGCUGUCUGUCAGUAGUUUUCUGUUUCAGCCUCUUCAGUCCAGCUGUUUUCAUUCAGUUGUACGUAUAUUUAAACUACCUUAUAAUGUUUCAGGUUUUUACUUUUGUUGCGCAACUUUUGAUAUCGAAACUGCCUAAUAAUAAUAGUGUUUUGAUACUUUUACUUUUGUUGUUGUGUCAUUAUAGGUUGAUGGGGGUAAUUGGAAGCUAACAUUUUGACACUAAGUCUCCAACGAAAGUUGUUGCUUUCUUAAAGAAGCUGCAUUGUGUAAGAUCUCAUUUUUUCUUGGCAUGCGACGUAUCGAAUGCAUACUAGUUCAUUGUGCAAGUUGAUCUUACUGCUAGUUUGAAAUGAGGUGAGGUUUUACAAGUGUUAUAUGUUAAAAGAGUGAGUGUUGCUAAAGUAUAAAGGUUUAAAAGCAGUAGUUCAUGUCAUAGGUCAACUUUUUUUAAUAAAAAUUUGGUUCAUUGCUGCUCAGUAUGUCAUGUGUUCUAGGCUGUGAUGAGCGACCAUUUUCAAAGUAUUCUGUAACUACUUUGGCCUUCAUAAUGGCUGUUCCAUUCUGGUGCCACAUCCAUUGAAAGCUCUGUAGGUUGUUUUUGUUUGUUUUUUACAGCUUUCACAUUUAUUUUGAAAUCAUCAGUGCCUCUUUAAGGAAUACUACUUGCAUGUUUCAUGUGUUGUAGAUAGUGAAAACAAGAGAGAUAGAGACAUUGGUUUUCAUAGGUUGAAGUAUGCAGGGUUGUUAAAUAUAGUUCUAUGAGUGUCUUUUGGUAGGACAGGGUGAUUAUUAGUCAUUUGCAAGACUUGUUUAUGAUUUGAACAGUACAGAGAAAGUGAAAAUUAGAAUUGGUGUUUCCUAGAAGCUUGGUUUGUGUAAUUAGCCUUUGUAAAUGCAAAGUGAAAGUUACAGUAAUGUCCUAUAGUUUUGCGUUUUUUAACCAAUCAACCUGAUUUCCAGUUAAAGGUGCUCCAUGAUAGACGUCUGUGCCUAAGCCUUGUAGUGUAUUGUUUAGAUUUCUUACGUAGGUGAAACAGAACGAAUGAAAAAAAAUGAGGAAUCGUACGUAGGUAUAUGCGUCUAAUGAUAUACACGAACAAAAUUCCACUUGACAAGAAUUUUAAACGAGUCAAGCAAAUUGUGAAUAGUACUUGUAGAAUGGACUUAGGCCUCGGUAGUGGUGGGUUAGAACUGGAAAUGUUACAGCCACUCUUGGCUGUUGUGUGUAUGUAUUCAGCUUCAAUUGCAGUUCACUCCAGAAAAUCAGGAUCGUGUACGAUAGAAAGUUAGAGUAAUUAUUUAGACAAGAUUGAGUGUUUUUGAUCUUUUGAUAUCAUGACUUGUUUACUGUUUAUCCAUAUGUCACAAAACUGUGUGUGUGUGUGAAGCAUUAUGUAAAUGGUAAGAUAGGCAGGUCCUCAACUUAAGUCCCUUCGAGAAGGCGUUUGAGACACCCUAACUUCCAGGUUCAUAUCAAAAUUUCGAGAUAUCUGUAACCCACUCAAUAGAAUGUGGUCGUGUUUCAGUUCAAAGGCAGAUCCUUCAGCAUGGGUCUAAUAGAUUCUGUUGAGUCUAUCACCCUGUCUAUUUCAGUAAUUAUACUUGCGGUUGUGAAGUUAUCACAGUGUUUCCACAUUUACCUUCAGUUCAACCCCAGUUCCGCUGUUUGCGAUUAAAUUGGCAACCUCAGUUCCGCUGUUUGCGAUUAAAUUGUCAAUCCCAGUUCCGCUGUGUGCGAUUAAAUUGAAUUUCUAAGCUACAUAUAGUUGUUGCAUUGUAAAUAAGUUCUGCACACAUAUAACGAUUAAGACAAGAUAAAAAGUUCCUUGACGUUUUGUUAUUCUGUGUACGUAACUUGCGGUACUUGAAAUUAAACUUUCUUGGAUUGUUGAGGAUCAUUGUAAUAACUACUGAAAUUGCUUUUUUGCAUGCAAGCAUUUUGCUUUUGACUAAUGCAAAUGCUAUCACACCUGGACAGUGAGAGUUGCACUAACUGAACAGAUUGGCUAGACACGGCCACAGAUGUAGGAACCUCUCGGAGAUUUCAUUCCGUUUCUCUAAUCAGUAAUCAAAUUGUCCCGGUGAUCUCCAUAGGACGUUGUUUACUAUUCAGACAAAACUCUCAUAAUAGUGUUUAUAGAAAAGAAAUUGGGUCCUCUUCAUAAAUGUCUGUGCUGAAUUGAGUGGGUUGGUCUUACAAUAAUCCUCUUGCCUAUCAUACCUCUGUCAUAGAGUCUGUAUGCGUAAAUCCUUCCUUUUUUUUUUGUGUACUGUUUUUCUCAUUUUCAUACCUUAGUUGUUAGUUGCCAGUGUCAAAGGAGGUACAAAAAUAAGAUAUCAGUUCUUUUAUCUCUUGCUAACAUAACUCUUAGGACCUUUGUCACUUGGAGUGAUACAUGGUACGCAAAGUAGUUGGGCUUGUGCAAAUGCUUUUAUCAUAGUUUUUCAGUAGGCACUAAGAGAAAGGGGAAUGCGGUAGAUUUAGUCACGCUAAUGUUGGGGUGAAUGAGUGAAAAUUGAGCGGCAGCUUAAUCUCUACAGGGUGAGGUUUUUUUUAUUUUAUAGAACAGCUCAGUGAAGUGAUUGCUCUGCCUUUAGCCUUGGAGCCACACGGCAUUCACAAAGCUAUAUUCGUUUGUGAGGGAACGUGUUAGCUGAAUUCUUAGGGGAGCAGCAUAAUACACUCUCCUUGGAAAAUCAGGAAAUCUUUUAAGAUAUUGAUGUGCACAAUAUAGAUUGUCUGCAAUUGAAAGGCAAAUUGUUAUACAGCGCUGUAUUUUUUGUUUAUGUAAAUCCAGUUUUUGCUAUUUAAAACUAUUUUGAUCACCCUGAAAUGUGUAGUCUUGAAGUAUCUUUGUUCUUAAACUUUUGCUGCUCAGGGAAAAUUGUAGUAUAUCGUUGCUGAUUUCACAAAUACAUCUAUUAUUUUUAUUCCUGAGAGAGUUAAGUUAAAGGAUCCCAUCAUGGAAUAUUGGGUGAAAAUCAUUCAAAAAAUGACAUUCAUUUUAUGAGGUAAUGUAAUGUAAGCUAUUGUUUCUUAUUGUGAAUAGUUUAAGAAUAAUUUUGUCUUGUGCACAAUUUUUUUAAAGGCCCCGUGAAGUAUGCAACUUAAGCUGAAAAUGAUCAGAAUGCAAGCAAUGUUUAUCAUGAAGAAUAUUAUGUAAUUGAACAUUGUAAGCAUGUAGUUGGAUCCAUUUUGUUUUCAUUUUCAGAUUGAACACCAGAUGGAAGUAUGUAAUGUAUGUGCAUGUGUUAUCAAACCUCAGUCUAAUUGAAGCUUCUGUUUUAUUGGAGACGCUGAUGACGUGGUUGUUUGCCAGUUAUUUCAACGUAUUUUGUUGGGUAUAACCCUCCGUGAAAGUGACUGACCCCCAGUUUGUGUAACUCAUUAUGUUAUUUCGUGUCGAUCCGUUUUUGGUAAUUUCAUAAUUUGCAGAUUUUGAUACGCAGAAAUUUCCUUACCUAGACUCAUUUGCUGUCAGAUAUACACUGAAAGCAGGCAUCAAAGAUUCAGGUCAGUUCAGGGUUUGGUAGCUCUUUGCGAUUUCCAGCGUAAAUACGAGGACAACUCAUGUCUACAAGAAUUGGCGUUACGUGCGUGAAAACUUUAAAACCAGUGAUGCAACUGCUAACUUCAUAUGCGUUCCUAUUUUCGUACGGAAAUUCUUCAAAGCAUAAAAGGGAGUAAUGGUCAUAUACAUAAUGCAAAUUGGACAGAGAAAAGGGUGUGUCUUUGCUAGUUUCAAUUUGUACUUAAAUGCUUCCACCCACAUUGUUUAUUACCCUUUGCCACUCGACAUAAAGUGUCUCUCUUUUUUAAUAUUCUUAAAGAAUGGUUGGGUAAAACGCGGAGAUUCUGGUUUUACCGAGGAUUGUUGAUUUCUCACCCGUGACCCUUCGAUGCGAACGCAGCCUCCGUUCAGACGAAUAACGCCUCGACUGAGGAAAGUCCACAGCUCGAGUAACGAGGCUUGCAACUUCGACAUUUAAGAAGCCGCCUCGGUUAAGAGAUUCGAGUAUUUUGAAUGCUUUGCAAGUUCUAAUCUUAAGUGUGUAAAAGAGUUGAAAAAAUCUACAAAAAAAUUUUUGCUGAAAGAAGUAUGAAGUAGAUGGGUUAGUCUCUUUGUUUUUUAAGGGCACCAUCUGUUUUAUUAAGUCUUACGUAAUGAUUAAGAGAAAAAAAAAAUGAGCUUUGAUUUGAGAGUGCCUGGUAUAAUAGAUUGUCUUGUUAUUUUCAAAUGGUUAGUAAUUACGUUUGUAGAUUUGGAAAUGACUUCCUUCCAUGUUUUGUAAUGUUAAUGUAAUGAAAAUUUAAAUAUUUUGUAUGCAAUACAAAUAACUAAUAAAUGUU